AUGCCGAGCUCCAACGGCCGUGGCAGCUCGUCUAUCGAUAAGCGUGAUUUCGAUGCCCACCGAUCGCUACUUGACGAUGGGAAUAUGGAGAGCCAGAAUACACAACCUAGCCCAGCUGUUGGGCGAUCGAGAGCGGGAUCCCGCCGCUCGCGACGUUCUUCUCACUCCGGAUACGGGACGACUAGUGAGGACGGGCUUCUGAGCGAUGUUGUGGAUGGUAUUGUCGAGCGGGAUCGACGCAAGAUGCAUCUGGAGGUGAUUAGGGUAACAAGCUUUAUUUGGGGUGUUAUAUCUUGCCCAUCGCCGUUAUCUUUGGCCUCGGGGAUUGUGUUUGGACUCGGAUAUUUCCUCGCCGCAUUUACAUAUAAAAGCGGUCCCCCUCCUGAUGCCGGAGGCACCGGUUGGCCCUUCUGGGUAAUGGUUGUUGCAUUUAUUGCUAUCGGAACAGGCACCAGUUGCAUGUAUCUUGCUGCUGUAGCGACGUGUGCUAAGAAUUAUGGCCGAGGCAAGCACAAGGGUAUUAUGCUUGCGAUUCCUAUUGCGGCAUUUGGUUUGAGCGGCAUGUGGCAAAGCCAGGUUGGAACCCACUUGCUCUGCGAGCGUGACCAGGAUGGAAAUUGCGGAGACGUUGAUGUAUUUCGUUACUUCCUCUUUCUAGGCGCUACUCUGCUCGUCGUCGGCAUUAUUGGCACAUUUGCAAUGCGGAUUGUGGAUGAUGACGAAGAGGAGCGGUAUAUUGACGAGACUGUCGAAGAGCUGGAAAGAAGUGGACUACUCGAAGAAAGCGAUUUCUUUCGACCCAGGAGUGAAAUCCGGGCAGCUGCGGAAUACGGCACCUUUUCCUCUGAAGCUGAUGAGGAUGUGUCUCCUACCCUCUCUGACCAAGAACGAGAGGAAAGACGCAGAGAAAAAGAACGCGAGGAAGAGGAGCGCCAGAAGAAAGACUGGCUGCUCAAUUAUGAAACUCGAGUCUUUCUCUCGGAUCCAACGAUGUGGUGGCUGGCGGCCGGGUUCUUCCUGGUCACCGGUCCCGGCGAAUCAUACAUCAACAAUCUCGGAACUAUCAUACCGACCUUGACACCCGUGUCUUAUUCGAGCAAUGCACCUCCACCGGCUGGACUUCCAUCAACCCAUGUCACCAAUGUCGCGUUAACUUCGACCAUUGCCCGACUCCUUACUGGGUCUCUUUCAGACUUAUUCGCACCACCAGCAAUCCAUCUCUUCCCUCCAAUUCCAGACAUCCAUCGAAACAGAGCCCUUGCAGGGAGCAACGAUCGUGUCACACUUUCCCGAAUGGUCUUCCUCCUACCAUCGGCACUUCUACUUUCCAUCGGGUACCUCAUUCUCGCUACACCACUCACACAGAAAGAACCUUCUCUCUUCCAUCUUACCACUUCUCUCGUUGGAUUUGGCUAUGGAAGUGCCUUCUCACUAACUCCCAUAAUCAUCUCCGUUGUAUGGGGCGUAGAGAAUUUCGCUACCAAUUGGGGUAUAGUCGCCAUGAUGCCUGCCAUCGGCGCUACGUUCUGGGGCGUGGUAUAUUCAGCCGCGUACCAGAAUGCCUUAGAUAGCAAUGGUGGUACAUCUGACGGCGAAUGCCAUGGUUGGCGAUGCUAUGGCUUUUGGGCCGUUGGAUGCACCCUCAGCGUUUGGGCAGCCAUCGUAACAUUGUUGGUUGCUUGGAGAGGCUGGAAACAACGGGGCGUUGUUGUUUAG